AUGAACGAUAGCGUAUCGAUAUUAGUAGCCGUGUUUUUUAUUCUCAUCGCCUUGCGCUGGAUGCUAGGCGGCAAUCAAUCAAAUGGACAACAAGCGCAACGACGUCCACCAGCGAGAAGAACUCACCGUGUGACUCCUCAAAUGAUUGAAAUGGUACGUGCCAUGUUCCCUGACGUACCUACUGCUGCCAUUCAAGCCGAUCUUCAAAGAACAGGGUCUGUCGAAACAACAGUAGAUAACGCUCUUCGUGAUGGAGGUCUUCCUUUGCCAGCUCCUAUUGUGAGUGCAAGUGGGUCACCUUCAAGCACCAGCAGUAGUUCAGGCACAGGUAGUCGUAAAUCACCCAGUCAUCAGAAUUUAGUCCAACGAUACAAGCUGGAUGUUGCCGAUCAACAACGAUCCACCGAAGAAGAGCCUCCCAAGGUAUGGGAAGCGAGCCCUGAUAAAAGACAAGAAAUGUUAAGGAAGCGUAAAGAAUUCAUGGUUCUUCAAGCUAGAAAGUAA